AUGCUAUCGAUUUGCGUUGUCUGGCAAUUCAUAUGGUCCCUGUGUCAAGCUUUGCGCGACACAACCGCAGACCAUCGCCACGUAAGCACCGCACCGGAGAAUGAUGGGGAUCACUGCCCCAGUGCAACUCCGAGUGGCUUGGAUUUGCGAUCGCUGGCGUUGGAAGGUCCGGACUUUACCUUCAUGAAAUCUCGGGAGUUCUUUCUAUCCAAGACUGGUUCCUGCGAUGAUCCCAUGCGUGGUGUGAAGCUUGCGAAGGUGAAGAAAGACACCAAUGCCAAGCGUGCUCAGCUUGCGCAACGCUUCCGCGUCAAGCAGGUGAAGACAGUCCUGCAGUCCGCGGUGCAAAACAAGCUUUCGACCAAGACCUUCAAGGAAGCGCUGAUGGGAGUUCCGGGGGAGGAGGAGCAGAGGCCAGCGGUGGAGCUCCAUCUUUUCCCAGAGGACCCGAAGAAGGUGAACUCUUCUUGGCGGGCGCUCCUAGUGCCCACCACUCCAGAAGCCUUCGGCACGUGGUAUUUGUGUCAGCCCACCCCAUCCUCCCCGCGCUGCGUCGCGAAAUUGCCGUUCGAAGCACUGCCCUUGCACCCAAGCUCCAUGGUUCGUGGCUGGUAUGCAGUCCUCGAUCGCUAUAAGUCGUCCCCAGCCCGGCUUAUCUCCCUCAUGGAAGCCGUCCUGGCUUCUGGUUCCGUGUUGCUGUUGGCUUUGGCCAUCUCUGCCGUCUAUGUCAUGGUCAAAGGCCGUGGAGCAUCAAAAGAAGAUGGUGAAGAAGACACCGAUGAGCCCGAGGCUUCCUUGCUGGCGAAGGCGAAGGAGGAUUGGUCGUUUCCCUGUACGUUCCACUUGACGCAGCAUGCACAGCUGUAUCAGGAAAGUGGCGAGAAGGCUCAGGCCGAUCCACUGGAUGCUGGAAGCCGCGUGGUCGUGAAGGAAGUGCAGAAGGGGAAAGUGUCGCUGUCCCUGGUAUCCUUGGCUUUGGGAGGCGACGUGGCGGACGCCUUUUGGACGCUGCUGGGCAAGCCCAAGGAGAAGCUUUGGGGACGGAUGGAAGCGCCUGCUGGCUGGCUACUCCUUGCCAAGGAAGGCGAAGCUAUGCCACGAGUGGUGACGGCCGAGGACAAGCCAAAUGCGGUUUUUUCGACGCAUCCGGAGUUGUUGCCUUCACUGCCCGUGCUUCUCAGAAGUAGCCUAGUGAUGCUGUCAGUGCACGUGUCGUCUCAGUGGAUUUUGGUCGAGUUCUUCACGUCGAUGUAUUCCUUCCGUGCUAUGAUGCUUCUGAUUUUUGGGACGCUGGCUACGCACCUUUUGGUAAUGCUGGAGCGCUACCAGACAUGUGCGCUCGCCGUGCAGUAUGAUCAGGUCCUGCAGAAGAAGCGCCACCUGCUGCAACUGCCUGCAACACACCUGACGUCUCUCGGGAUUUUCGUGGCGCUCCAGGCUGCCAUACUGACUAUCGUUAUCGCCAAGCUCGCAGCUGGUUCCGGCGAUUCUCGCCAGCAGUUUGUGUCUGAGCUGUGCUUCCUGCUUGGCCUGGCGAUGCAUGGGAAGGCCAUGUACGACAGUUGUGCUGUGCGACGGAAGUGGCGGGAACCACAGCUGGCGAGCCAAGAGGUGUACACGGCCACAUUGGAAGCGAUGCAGAGCACUUCCGAGCCUCCCGCAAGUCUCUCCAGAAAGAGAGCCCAAAGCCUGUCCGUGCUUCGGCACGUGACAACCGCUGUCGUUGUCAUAGCCUUGAUGCUCGUGGCCCGCGUCACGCUGGACGUCUUGCAAUUGCGAGGGGAACUCGUAGACUAUGGCCUCACGAGAGGGAAGCUGAUCUAUCCUUCGGGCAGCUCCGCCUUCCACAACACGCUGCUGCUGGACCAGAACGCCGAUUCCUUUACCGUGGACUUGCACCUCGGUGAGUUCACCCGCGGUGCGGAGAUCAAGCUGGUACAUCCCUUCGUCACCAAGGACGACCAGGAGCAUGGAUCGUUUUUCCUAAACGCCUCGGGUGAACAGCAGCUCUCGCUUCCUAGCGGCCCCCUCUACUCCCGCCUCUCGCUCCUGGCGGUUGGCGACUACGUCAACACCACCUACGUCAUUCACAUCCUCCGUGUGGGCGAGGCCAUCUCCCUGAGCCUCUCCGGCAAUUUCAGCGAGGCCAAGUACCCGGAGCUGGCAGGGACCGUUUUUCGGGAGGAGCGCCGGCUCCAGUACCAGUUGCGGAAUCGCUUGUGGUACGUGCCGGACAUUGACUUCUCAGCGAACAUCACCCUGCUCGUCAACAUGACCUCCUUGGUCUUUGCACCCAUGGUCUCCGAUGUCUCCGGCUCCCAGGAGCACGUCGGCAACAUGGCAGCCUCCAUUCCACGACUUGCCGAUAGAUGCCGCUUUGAGUCUGCAGGCCAGGACAGCAAGUACGUGGUCGAAGAAGAAGUCGACGUCGGCAACGGGAAGUUUUGCAUUUGCCAGCAUGCUGCAGAGCAUUCGGUCUACCCCGACUUAGGCAAUGCAGGCGUGGCAGGCCCGGAAAGCGGCAUGCUGCCGUGGCUGCGGGACACCCAAUUUAGCGGCAAGUGGGUCCACUUGACACCAGGCUCGGACUUCACUGCAGACGUCUCCGGGAACCACAGCUUGAGCACCGUCUUCCGGCUAACCGGCGUGCUGAAGGUGCAGGAUGACAACACUGCUGUUCAGAUCGUUGCUACCCAAGACCUGACGAACACCGAAGCCCUCGAGGUGCCACUAAUGGUAGUGUCGGGGGCUCCGCAGCCCAUGUUGCGGGUGAAGGACGAGUCAGAUGCAUGCUUCCUUCUUCCGACCUUCAGCCCCAAUGCGCAAAUGGAUUAUGCGAUUUGUGGUGGGCAGGGCGCCCUUGAGCGAGUCGAGGCAUUCGUGAACGUGACGGAUUCUCGUUUCCGUGUGAUCCCCGAGGAUCUGCAGGAGUCCGGGAGCUGCGGCAUUGUGCGCAGGCGCGGCUUUCGGUCAGUUCGCAAGGACGACUCCGGCUGUGGGGCAUGGUGUCAUCGUUAUCUGCCCCGUGGGGCACGCUAUGACCUGACCGUCUCGCACUCCCCGGGUAACUGUAUCGAAUUCGCCCUGGACCUGCACAAUGCAACCGCAUUCAGCAACUCCCUGUGGAUGACCACGUCCGUGCCCAACGGUCAAAGGUGCCUCGAUGACGGAUGGUUGAAUCAGGCAGUGAGGUUGAAUUUCUCUGCAGCUGUGGAGGAGCUGCUGGCGUGGGAUGCGGACCCCAGCAAGAUUUUCAAGGGCGUGACGCCCCUGCAGACUGCCGCAGCCUACAACAACAUCCCGGCACUUCGCCAGCUUUUGGAUAAGAAUGCCAACAUCAAUGGCAAGACGGAGCAAGGAACGGCGCUGGUGGCGGCAGGAAGCCACUGCCACAUUUCGGCGAUGGAGUUUCUGAGAGAUCACGAUGCCAGCGUGGCGAUUGCAGUCGAAGGAAACUGCAGCGAGUCAACGCUUCUGGAGAUUGUCCGAGAGCAUGCCAUGAACACCGAAACGUGCCAGCAGAAGGCCAAAGCAUCUGCAGGCGAGGGCACUGCACAGAACUACACGGCGCUGUGGGAUGUCCUGACCGUCCUCAAGCAGAUGAGCCCUACUUCAAGCAAAGCUUGCCAAGGUGAAGCGCUGACGGAAGCACUGCAGCGUCCUGAUCUGUCCGCCGUGGCGGUACUCUUGGACGGUGUGAAAAACGUGGACAACCUGGCAGGAGACCUUGUGCCCAUGCUGACGAACCUUUGGUUCAACGAAAUGCUGACAGACGAUGCCUUCCUACAUGCGGUGGUCCUCCUUCACGAACACGGCAUGAACCUGGAGCCCCGCGGAGAAGCGCUACUGCCCUUUGUGGCCGAAAAAUGCAAAGUCCGACUUGUCAAGAAGCUGCUGGAGCUGGGGGCUAGCCCGAAAGCGCUGUACGGCAGCAGCAACGCCAGCAGUGAGGCUAGUGCGUGUCCGGAGCCGGAGAAGCAAACCAUCCAGUCUGAGUUGGUGAAAUACUAA